AUGUCGCAAGUAGAAAACAAUUUGCCUUUCAUACCAGAGGAUUGGUCUGAUGCAGCAACUUCUGUUUCCUCCAUGUCGUUGCAACCAGUUGUUGCUUUAGUUUGUGGCCCUAAAAACAGUGGCAAGAGCACAUUUUCGCGCAAUCUUGUUCAAGUUCUUCUCCAAAGAUACAAAAGGGUUGCUUAUUUGGACACCGAUGUUGGCCAGCCUGAAUUCACUGCACCUGGUUUUCUUUCUCUCACAGUUGUCGAUAAAUCAAUUCUAGAAUCGGAUUGGACAGUUCCAUGUGUCAAGACACCAGAGAGAUGUUUCUUCUAUGGUGAUGUUUCUUCAAAGAGGGAUCCAAAGGCAUAUUUAAGAUAUGUAUAUACCUUAUUUGAUUACUACCAGUUAUACUUUUGCAAGUCUAGUGAGAACAAAACUGAACUACCCCUUGUUAUCAAUACACCAGGCUGGGUUAAAGGUAUUGGCUAUGAUUUAUUAGUUGACGUAUUGAGAUAUGUUACUCCUUCCCAUGUUGUGAAAAUCAACAUCUCUGCUCACGGCAAAAACCUACCAGCUGGUUUGUUCUGGUUAGACGGUAAUGAUGAUGAGACAUCUCAACUGAUAGAGAUUCAGUCUGCUUACCAAGACAGUUACAAUCGAUCCGUUUUGAUACAGAAGGAUGCUCGUUUGUUGAGGGAUAUGCGUAUAAUCGCCUACUUCAGGCAAUGCAUUAAAGGAAAAGAAGUAAACACAAUCAAAGAGCUAACCCACGAACUCGCUUCCCAUGAUCCUUAUGAAGUUCCAAUAUCAAGUUUAACUAUCAGUCAUCUCCAUUGCCAGAUUUCGAGUUCUGAAGUGUUUUAUAGUUUGAAUGCUUCCAUUGUUGGCUUGGGAAUUAGCUCCGAUGUGUUUGAAGAUUUACCUUCAUGUGUAGGUCUUGGAAUCGUGCGGGGUAUUGACACCGAGAGAGGAAUCUUAUAUGUGAUCACUCCGGUACCAGAAAACGUAGUCGAGAGGGUUGAUCUUCUAUUGCAAGGCUGUAUUCAGUUACCUACUUGUCUCUUGGAGGUGAAAGAUUACAGGUCUCCAUAUUUAUCUCCACAUGUCUUAGCUUCCACCUAA